CUUGUUUUCCCUAGUAUUGUUUUCAUUAGUUGUGGUGAGAAAUCAAUAUUGUGAGAAUGAAAAAGACUGGAGCACUACUGUUAAUUGUUUUGAUUCAGGUGGCGACCACCAUGUCACUAAUAAUGGCGUGGACUCCUCCUCCUCCUCCUACUUCUGCAGCGAAAUGCCCACUGGACGCUUUGAAGCUGGGAGCCUGUGUUGAUGUGCUCAGUGGCCUCGUGCAUGUGGGUAUUGGAGAUCCUGUAGUAAACCAAUGCUGCCCAGUUAUUGAAGGAGUUUUGGGAUUAGAGGCAGCACUGUGUUUAUGCACAACCAUUAGGGCCAAGCUUCUCAACCUUAAUAUCCUUCUUCCAGUGGCACUCGAGCUUAUUAUAGCCUGUGGAGAGACUGUUCCUGCAGGUUUCAAAUGCCCUGCUCAGUAACCUUCUUAUCACUGCUCAAAGUAUUCUAUAAUUUAGUUUCCUCGUCAUUUACAUGCAUAUUCCCACCUAUUCUAUGCUUUUAGCUAUGGAUUUCAGUGUGUUUUAGCUGAAUAAAAACAUUUGAAGGCUGACGCUUUGGAAUAGAAUGUUGACCUUGUAUAUUUGAGGUUCGUCAAGAAUCAUGUAACUUUCAACCUGGUAAAGUUUGAAAUGCCUUGGAUUGUACUUCUUAUUGAUAACUAUUCGCUUAGGAUUGAGUAAA